CCAUUCGACGUCUACAGUGAACCUGGCUGCUACAUGUGACAACAUGACGAGUUUGAAAAAGUUUCGCUUUCGGAAGGACUGAAAUGAUUCAGUUAUACUUCUGUCUCAGCAGAUCGCCUGCCUUCGUUAAGGUUCUUUAAGUUCCAUCAUGUUGCUUCAUGUUCUGCUCCUCCUUCAUGCAUCAGGAGCUUCUUCAUCCAUCUCAUGUUAUGAUGAUGAGGGGAAACCUGUUGACUGGUUUUACUUGUAUAAACUCCCACACCUGCAUCAUUCCCCCGUGCAGGAGGGGCUGAAGUAUCUUUUCAUGGAUGGAGAGAGUGAGGGAUGGAUGGACGGGAAGACUUUAGUCAAUGACAGUCAAAGUAGUGUUGGUAGAACAGUAGGGCCUUUAUAUGAGGGCGGUGAUGUUGGAUACAUUAUGUAUAAUGACCAGCCACCAAAACAGAAGACUUUCGAAGGUGCAAGCAGGAUUUGUGGCCACACCAAAGGGGUUGUUGUCUUUGAUAAGCAGCAGGGCUUCUGGUUGGUCCACAGCACACCUCAUUUCCCCCCUCCUAAAUCAGCUGGCCAGUUCUCAUACCCCAGUUCUGGCAUAAGUAAUGGACAGAACUUCAUCUGUGUCACAUAUCCUUUGGAGCGCUUUCAGACCAUAGGUGAGCAGUUAAAGAUCAAUCAGCCCCACAUAUAUGACUGCAGCAUCCCUGCGUCCCUGGCGGCUGCUGUUCCUGCUAUGGCUCAGCUCUGUAAACACACACUGGGCAGAUGGGACAACACUUCCUCCCCCUCCCCAUCCAAUCGCAGUAUAUCACUCCUCUCAUUGGCUGGAACGGAGUUCAUUAGCUUUGCAAAAGGUGCAUCAUUUGCCAAUGACCUGUAUCACUCUUGGGUGGCACCUGCGCUACAGUCCGACCUGCUGGUUCAGUUCUGGCGUCGCUCCACAGGCCUCCUGCCCUCUAACUGCUCUGACAGCUGGAAAGUCCUCAACGUAGAUCUCAUUUCCCCAGCCAAGAGCGUCACGUUCAAGGCCACAGAGGACCACUCGAAGUGGGCGGUCAGUCCCAGCAGCAGCCGCACUGGAAGUGGGACGUCGGGCGGCUGGGUCUGCGUAGGAGAUAUCAACCGUGACGAGGCGGAGGAAAGGAGAGGUGGGGGAACGGUGUGCCGCCAAGAUGCUGUGGUGUGGAAGGCCUAUCGCUCGGCCGCCUUGCAGUGCGAGACCUGCGGCGGAGAAGUGCAGACAUGCGAAAAAGCCGCACUGUAAUACUGAUGCAGUUGAGCACAGCAGAAAUCAGGGUAUUGCAGAACGGCUGCAGGUGUAGGUGUCAAACAGGUAUGAUUCAGGUCAAAUGCUUUUUCUAUUGCACGUAGCAAUAUGCAGGGCUAUUCAGAUAAAUGAAAAAGACUGUACAUUUUAAUCCGGCUAUACAUUUUAUUUGAAUGCGGUACAGUUUUAUGUGUUUUUAAAUUCUGUGUAUAUAUACUGUAUAAAUAUUUGCUUGGGCUAUUAUCAAAUGCAUUUUUUAAAUACAUAAGAAACAUUGGAUAUUAGAUGGUGAAGUGUUUAAUUAAAAGCAUUAAAACUAAAAUGCAAAAGUAAUAUAUUUUCUAGCAAACUU